CGCGGGCGCGGACUGAGGAUGCGCAGCGGCAGGCGGAUCCAGGACGCCCGCGGCGUUAUGGCAGCGAUUCACGCACCGAAGGGUAGAGUCCCGCAGCUGCGCUCCCAGCCCUCCUCGCGCCGUCCAACCCUUCCGUCCGGGUUUGCGCAGCGGUUUGCACGCCCCUCGGCCCGUGUACGCGCUGUUCUGUCUGCCGGUCCGAAAACACGUUGCGGAACCCAGAGCGCGGGGGUCUCCCGGACUCGGGACGAGGGGGAACGUGAUGGCGGCCGUGACGGUGAGACACAGGCCCUGCCCGUCUCUCAGAGGAGGCCUCGGGCCCCUCCUGCAGGAGAGCCCCCUCCAAGGAGGACCUCGGCGCUGUUUCUGCUGGCGGAGAGCAGGAAGAGGUGUCCCAUCACGCACUCUGAGAUGGUGAAAUACAUCAUUGGAGACUUGAAGCAUCUGUUCCCGGAGAUCAUCGCAAGGGUCGCAGAGCAUCUGCGGUGUGCUUUUGGUUUUGAGCUGAAACAGCUCGACCGCAAGCACCACACUUAAAUCCUGAUCAACAAAUUUAAAACCUCUAGAGGUUUUAAGAUUGGGUCUCUUAGUGAUGAUCUCUUAGCGAUGAUCUUGGGACUUACCUACUUGAAAGGUAUAAAUAGUGCCAGGGUGGCCCAGGUCUGGGAGAUGCUGCUGGGUUUGCGGCUUGUGUCAAGAGUGUCUUAUCACUUCCCCUUUGGGCACCCAAAGAGGCUUGUGGAAGAUUUUGUGCAUUAGCGAUACAUCAGUUACAGGCAGGUGCCUCACACCAGUCCACCGGAAUAUGAAUCCAUUUGGGGUCCCCAAAACAACCUGGAAAUCAGCAAGAUAAAAAGCCUGGGGUUGGUCAGCCUUCAUAAGGAAGAACCCCAGCACUGGCCAUUGCAUUGUGGUGAGGCUGUAGCAGACAGAGGUCAACAGGGCAGAGCCGAGGCCAAGACUGUGCUAGGCCCUGCAUCAAUGCUAGUGAGGGCUGGUGGAAAGAUGGCCAACAAGGGCCCUGUGGGUGUGGAAGCCACUGUUUUGAGUCAGUAUAGGUAGGGUGAGAGAGUCAUUUUUUCUAAGGAAAUUAUGUAACUCUUUAGAUUUUGAAUCCUCAUAGGUUGUAUUAACAUUUAAUAUGUAUAUAAAUGAAAUUGAUCUUUUUCUGUGAGAUUUUGUUGUAGAGUUUUGCUAGUUUUAAAAAAUGGAUUGAAAAAUGUUAUUCUGUGAUCUUGAAAAGAUUACCCAGUGUGGGAAUGCUGUUAUUUAAAUCGUUUGAAGAAUCUUAGCAUUGUGAUGAUAUAGUACCAGAAGAAGAAAACAGCUGAUUCCAUGUCUAGCCUCCCAACACUUUUUGUCUGUUGUAUAUUUUUUAAAAAAGAUUGACGUGUACCUUUACUUGCUUAGAUGUUAUAUUAUCUAGAAAAUUACAAGUAUACACUGAACACUUAAUAAA